GAGAUGUUGGGUGGAGGGACUGGGAACUAUUCUACAGCACCACGUUUUCCCCGGCGCGGUAACUGUGCUGCGCUUCCGUAUUAGUGUCCCCCGGCCGAAAUCCGUGGGCUUCACUAUCAGCUCCUCGGACCGCUGUCUGUCCUCAUGUCGGCUCGCAGGUCUGGGCGACGUGCCGGCAGCCGAGGACGGGUGCGCCUGGUUUACCGCUCGUUGCAGAGCGCCCAGGAUUACCUGGAGAGCGGAGACUUCGGCACGGCGUUCGCCCACUACCUGUUGUUGCUGAACCUGGCGCCCGAGUUGAAGGAAAUCAUCAAGGAAUCUUUUCAAAAUACCCUGUUUAAGUGGGCAGAAGAACUCAAUUCCUUAAGUCGAAUACAGGAUAUAUUUGACUGCUAUGAGCAGGCCUUGGAGCUCUAUCCCAAUAAUGAGGUGAUAUGGAACAGUAUGGGGGAACAUUUAUUUAGCAUGGGAUUCCGAGAUGAAGCAGCUGGCUAUUUCCACAAAGCCAUUAAACUCAAUCCUGACUGUGCAGAUGCAAGGGAGAAUUUUUAUCGUGUUGCUAAUUGGUUGGUGGAGCGGUGGCAUUUUUUAAUGCUAAAUGAUAAAAAGAGGAAUGUUGCCUAUCAGAGAGCGAUCCAGAAAGCAGUACAAUCUGGCUGCACAUCUGUGCUGGAUGUUGGAACAGGAACUGGCAUCCUAAGUAUGUUUGCAAAAAAGGCUGGAGCCUGUCAAGUAUAUGCUUGUGAGCUGUCCAAGACAAUGUAUGAACUUGCCUGUGAAGUGGUCGCUUCGAACCAAAUGGCAGGAGAGAUAAAGAUUCUGCACAUGAAAUCAUUGGAUAUGGAAAUCCCGAAAGAUCUGUCCAGCAGGGUGUCGCUUGUUGUCACGGAGACUGUGGAUGCUGGACUGUUUGGUGAAGGAAUCGUGGAGAGUUUGAUACAUGCAUGGAAAUACCUUCUUCUGCCACCAAUGCCAGCAGGGCAGGAAGGUCCUACAGAAGGAUUUGGUCGUGUUAUCCCAUUGCAUGCUGUUGUAUUUGGCAUGGCAGUGGAGUGUCAAGAAAUCCGCAGACAUCACAGAGUUUGCUUCAAUGAGAUUGGUGGGUUGCAGAUGAAUGAUACAAUAACAUGGUACAGCCCAGUCAGCAGUGAGCUUUGUAAUGGUGAUGCUGCUGAACCUUACACCACUGAACGAAUGAGGCGAGUACCAGGUGGAUACAGCCCUCUGACUGAUCAUUUCCAGGCCAUGACAAUUGACUUCAACUGUCCACAGGACUUGGAAGAACUUACAAAUAGGAAACCUUGUCGACUUUAUCUGCCAGUAGUUAAGGAGGGUGUGCUGGAUGCUAUCGUUGCUUGGUUUGUUCUGCAGUUAGAUGAUGAAACCAGUCUUUCCACUGGCCCUGAUGAAGAAACCUGUUGGGAACAGGCUGUAUAUCCUGUGCAGGGUGCACUCGGCCAGAUAGUGAAAUAUGGUGAUACUCUAGUAGUUGACGUUUCCUGCAAGAAUUCAUACCUGGUUUUUCACAGUAUUGCUGUAUUGAGACAUGAAAACAAGACCACAAUUGAAAUGAACACAUUGAGUGAUCAGCCAAGUAGCCAUCUUGCCUGUGAAACUGAACUGUGUAAUGCUUUGGCCAAUCUUCAGACUACGAGUGACUCUGGAAUGACCCUCCAUUGUAUGCUUGAAUCGUCAGAAAUAGCUCGUCUCAAUAACACUCAAUAUAAUGACUGUUUCAAAUCGGCUCUAAACAGUGUAUUAUCUUCAUUAACACCAGUGGACAGCGGAACCUGUUUCUCACAGAGAGUGGAUGACAUGAAUUGUGAAAACACAGACUUCCAUAGUUCUUCAGUCCCAACCUUUGACACUUUGUACCUGUUAGAUGUAUCAGAGGGCUUUUCAAUUUUGCCACUGAUUGCUGCUAAGUUGGCACCCAUUAAAGUUUUUAGUUCCUUAGAGAAAGCACAGCAGCAGGCUACAUUGAGUAUUCUAGCAGAAUCCAACAACAUUUCCAAAGAUCUGUUAGAGUUUUGGCAUAAUUAUCUGGACGAUGACUCGACACUUUUGCAAAGGCCUCAGUCAGGCAAGCUCUGGAGUGUGAUUAUUUUGGAUGCUAUAGAGACAUGUGGACUUAUACGACAAGGCCUGGUAGAGAAAGCAGUCCUUGCUAGGUGCUUGCUUCGACCUGAGGGAAGGUUGCUGCCUCAGUGUAUUACAAUAUAUGGAAUACUCAUCGAGUCUGACACUUUACAGCAAGAAAGUGCUGUUCAGGGAAAAGAACCCACAUUAGGUUUCAAUAUUGCACCCUUCAUCAACCAAUUCAAGGUACCUAUCCAUGUAUUCUUGCAUUUAUCCACUUUACCUCAUGUUCAACUCAGUGAACCAGUGGAACUAUUAAAGCUGAAUCUCCUGGACCUUGUCACUGAUGACCUAUGCAGUGAGAUCAGGGUGCAAGUGCACUCCUCUGGAAGUCUAACUGCUGUUCCGUUUUGGUAUGAAAUUCACCUGGACAUGGACAUCAGUCUGAGUACAUGGAGUGAAUCUUCUCAUUGGAAGCAGGCUGCUUUUGUUCUAGACAAUCCAAUACAAGUUAACAGGGGAGAUGAACUUCUGUUAAAAGUUCGUUAUCACAAGAGUAAUAUCUCAAUAACUGUAAUCCAUGUGUAGCAGUAAUUACUCAGGAUUAAAAAUUGAUAUUAAUAGAACUCGCCUGUUCACAGCUCAAAUUAUAGCAAAGUUCCCCAAAGCAGUGAAGUAAAAUGGAUCUGUUCCAUUCCAAAUUACAAGAACCAUCAAACAGGACUAUUAAUUUCCCAUUGGAAAGAUAUUCCCAAUGUUCUGCCAUCGAACUGAACUGCCAAAGAUAUGAACAGAUAUUUUCAUGGAUAAUUGCAUGAUUUAUAGACUUGUAUGCAUUUGCCAUUAUUUCUAUGGCUUUCUAAUUUAAAUUGUUCACAGAUUGGUCAGUUUUAAUAAUGUAUAUAAAGACACUGUACUUGGAAGAAGAUUGUUCUUUAAUCAUUUGUUGAAAAUGAAAUUUGGGUGGGGAUGGGAAGAAGAGAAAUAGUCUACUUAUUGAAGUAGACUGAAAUAGUCCAAAGGCCACUUCCUGCUGUUUUUACAGUGCCUAUAAAAAAUAUUCACCCUACUUAGAAAUUUUCAUGUUUCAUUGUUUUACAAUAUUGAAUCAAGAUUUAAUUUGGCUUUCUUUGACACUGAUCAACAGAAAAAAGACUCCGUGUCAAAGUGAAAACAGAUCUCUUUCAAGUGAUCUAAAUUAAUUACAAAUAUAAAACACUAAAUAAUUCAUUGCUUAUGUAUUCACCCCCUUCAAGUCAGUAUUUAGCAGAAGCACCUCUGGCAGCAAUUACAGCCUUGAGUCUGUGUGGAUGGGUCUCUAUCAGCUUUGCACAUCUGGACACUGUAAUUUUUCACCCAUCUUCUUUACAAAACUGCUCAAGCUCUGUCAGAUUGUAUGGAGAUCAUGAAUGAAUUGCCUCUUUUUAAAUCCAGCCACAAAUUGUCAAUUGGAUUGAGGUCUGGACUAUGACUUGGUCACCGCAGGACAUUAACUUUUGUUGUUUUUAAGCCAUUCCUUUAGCUUUUUGCUUGGGGUCAUUGUCUUGCUGGGAAACAAGUCUCCCAAGUUAUGGUUCACUUGCAGACUGCGUCAGGUUCUCCUCCAGGAUUUCCUUGUAUUUUGCUGCAUUCAUUUUACCCUCUAUCUUUACAAGCCUUUCAAGGCCCGCUGCAGUGAAGCAUUCCCACAGCAUGAUGCAGCCACCAACCUGCUUCACGGUAGGGAUGGUGUGUUUUUGAUGAUGUGUGAUAUUUGGCUUAUGCCAAACAGAGCAUUUAGUCUGAUGGCCAAAAAGCUCAAUUUUGGUUUCAUCAGACCAUAGAACCACCUUCUAGCUGACAUCAGAGACUCCCACAUACCUUCUGGCAAACUGGCUGAGAUUUCAUGAGUUUUUUUCAACAGUGGCUUUCUCUUUGUCUCUUUCCUGUAAAGCUGUAUCUGGUGAAGCACCUGGGCAACAGUUGUAUGUGCAAUCUCUUCCAUCUCAGCCACUGAAGCUUGUAACUCCUUCAGAGCUGUCAUAGGUCUCUUGGUGACCUCCCUCACUAGUCCCUUUCUUGCAUGGUCACUCAGUUAUUGAGGACGGCCUGCUCUAGGCAGAUUUACAGCUGUGCCAUAUUCUUUCCACUUCUUGAUGAUUGACUUAACUAUACUCCCAAGAGAUAUUCAGGGACCUGGAAAUUUUCUUGUACGUAUCCAUCUCCUGACUUGUACCUUUCAAUAAUCAUUUUGCAGAGUUGCUUGGAAUGUUCUUUUGUCUUCAUUGUGUAGUUUUUGCCAGGAUACUGACUCACCAGCAGUUGGACCUUCCAGAUACAGGUGUAUUUUUACUAUGAUCACUAUGAUACACCUUGACUGCACACAGGUCUCCAAAAAUAGAUUUCUAUUUAACUAAUUAUGUGACCUCUAAAACCAACUGGCUGCACCAGUGAUGAUUU